GCCGCCCUCUCAUAGGGGUAGCAAGUUCGUGUCCAGGCCAAAACCUCUAUAGUAAACUUAGGGAAAUGGAGAACUAAUGGCGAAGUACCAUGUAGCUUGUUGACGAUCGUGAAUAAGUCGAAAGAACAACUACACUCAUUUAUGUGCGGGUGUUCUUUUCUUACACGGUUAUCUUUAGCACUGCUACGUUGUUUUGAAGAUGGCUCUUAGUGCCGCUGGUUGGCAUGGCGCGAUCAGUUUGAUCUGCGUCCUGCUGUCCCUCACAGUUGCGUUGUUUUCGGUCGGAGUUGUUGGGAUUCAAGAGGAGAAACCCGCACAGGAACAACUGCCUGUGGAGAAAGCUCCCACAGGCCGACCCAAUGGCCCAGUGGUCAGUCCCGACGACCCCAGCAAGGGGGAGCUGGGCUUCAUCCAUGCCUUUGUGGCGUCCAUCUCGGUCAUCAUCGUCUCCGAGCUGGGAGACAAGACCUUCUUCAUUGCCGCCAUCAUGGCCAUGCGCUAUAACCGCCUCACAGUCCUGGUGGGGGCCAUGUUGGCUCUGGGGCUCAUGACCUGUCUGUCAGUGCUGUUUGGCUAUGCCACCACUGUCAUCCCACGUAUCUACACCUACUACGUGUCGACGGCGCUCUUCGCCAUCUUCGGCGUGCGCAUGCUGCGCGAGGGCCUGCGCAUGAGCCCUGACGAGGGCCAGGAGGAGCUGGAGGAGGUGCAGGCCGAGAUCAAGAAAAAGGACGAGGAGCUGCAGCGCUCCAAGCUGGCCAACGGGGCCCCGGACGUGGAGACGGGCUCGACUGCCGCCCCCCAGAGGGGCUGGAGGAGCAUCAUCUCGCCCAUCUUUAUGCAGGCCUUCACCCUCACCUUCCUGGCCGAGUGGGGCGACCGCUCGCAGCUCACCACCAUCGUCCUGGCUGCCCGAGAGGAUCCUUUUGGAGUCGCAGUGGGCGGGACCCUGGGGCACUGCCUUUGCACAGGGCUGGCCGUGAUUGGUGGACGGAUGGUCGCUCAGAAAAUCUCCGUCAGGACUGUUACAAUCAUUGGAGGUAUCGUCUUCCUCGCCUUCGCCUUCUCGGCCCUCUUCAUAAGACCUGAUGCUGGGUUCUGAUUGGAGCGCGGGGUAGUGGGUUCCUCUUGUAAAUAACUGUUCGACUCAACAGCGUUCCUACGGAGAUGGGAUAUACUCCUGAACUGUGUGUGUGUAUGUGUUUUAAGUAUGACUGAACGUGUGGAAGGAUGUUUAGGAGUGUUAUUGUGUGUAUGUGUAAAGUGAGAUGUGUGUAUGUAUAAAGUGAGGUGUGAGUGUGUGUGUGUGUGAGUGUUUAAGCGUGUGUCUUAAUGAGCCGUGUGGCUCUGAAACUCUGAAUGCUACUGCCCACUUUGGCGGGCGCCCAACAGUACUCUACUCGGCAUCCUCUCUCCAGCCCCCAGCCUCCUUCUGCAUUCAGACUGCAGUCCUGUCUCCACAGAACGCAGUGGUUCUGACGUGAUCAUACAACAUCAGAACUAAUCGUAGUCUUUCAUUACAACCUCCAUCUCACCACCCUCCUCAACCACACACACACACACACACAACCCUCCGUCCCUAGUGACACUAUGUGAGCCCAGAGACUGAGCUGGAAGAACUCACUGCAGCCGUUACUGUUGACCUCCCUUUUGAAGUGUAUGAGCUCCAGUGUUCCUGUGGCUCUCUGGCCAAGCCCCCCUGGCCUGUGCUCUGGACACCACUUCUGAGCUACCUGCCAUUUUAAAACCCUACUCCGCCGCAGUAAUGCCUCCAGACCUGGUCGUGGUCGCCGUUGUCCUUGUGUCUCCAACAUGGCCGCCAAGUGCAGUCAAAACGUGUACACCCUUAACUCUGGCAAGACUGUAAUUACAUCGUCAGUUAUGUUUUUGUUUUUUAAAACGUGAUGGCUAGCUUGCACACAUAUUUAGCAUUUAGACUGCCUUGUUCUGGUCAACUCUGUCUACAUUCCUGUACUGUACAUACACAAGUAUGAUCCAGAGACACAUUCGGUUGAAAGUACUGUCGUGUGAAAAUACUUUCUGCCGGUUGUCAGAAUACUCCAAGCGGCUGGGGCUGGGGGGUGCAGUUGGGAGGCGAUGUUUUUUGGGCCAGUUCUUCAAUCAUGUCUUCUACAGACCUACUAUAUACACACGUACUGCCAGCGAAGCAAGAGGACAACCUAUGUUACGUUGAUACAUUAAAGAGUGGUUGGCGAACUGCGUCAACCAGUAAGUGAAAUACCAUAAACCCGUGAGUGAUUAUAUUUAUUUAUAUCCUCCCAUGAGCACAGAUGUGAUGAGAUUAAAAUCGUUUUGGAUGAAUGUGCCCUUUGAUUACUUUGGUCUGUGGUUUUUGUUAGUUUUUUUAUUUUACAGAAAGUACUGUAGAUAUUGGGAAGAGAUUACUUUUUUUCAGGACGAUUGGACAAACCAGUCAAUAUUUGACAGAGUGUGUCCCACUUUGAAGGUGACCGGUGUGCUUUUGAACAGAUUAAGUUUGAUUUAAAGACUCUGAGCCCCUGUAAAUAGUCAAUAAAACCUGUCAGUCUCA